UUUAUUACUGCAAUUUUUUUUAAUGCUUAAUUUUGUAUUUAUCAAAAACUCGAUCUUCUACCCUCAUGGCCUUUGUCUUUCAUCUUCCUCUUCCAAGAACCUGUUUCUCUUCAUCUUCCCAGAUUCUUGGUCUCAACAGUUCACAUCCAUGGAGUUUCAACGUCAAAGUCUGUGAUAAAAGAUAGCUAAGGUCAGUUGUAAUUUGCAACUAAAGAAAUGGCAAUGUCAUUACAGCAGCUUCUGUCUGAGGAAGGAUUUAAGGGCAGGAGAUUAAAGAAACUGUCAAGAGCUUCAACAGGGCUGCAAACUGCAAGUGGAUCACUUUAUCCACUUCAAGAAAGACAUAAAUCUUCUGGUGUUAGGAGGCCAGAGAGAGCGAAAUCCGAUUUACCUUUUUAUGAUUCUGAAAGAAACAAUGCAACAAGUGAAAGAAAUCAAAGAAUUCAAGAUUGGAAGCCAAGGGCAGGAAACAAAGAAAAAGCUAUGAUUAUGAAGCAGAAAAGCAAGAAACUUUAUGCAGAAUCAUCUGAGGAAUCACCUGAUUCUGAGAUAAUUGAUGCUGCAGUAGUGAGCAAUGAGAUAGUUGAGAUUGGCAAAAGUGAUCAGAGGUACAAAGAUGUUUAUUCGAACGAAGUUUAUAGCCGCGAGGGGAGCGAGGAGGAGAAGGAGUGGCAAUGGCAUACGCCUUCCUUAAAGAAUGGCAGACAACAUAGUACAACAACAUAUGCCAACUCUGCUAACAAUUACAGGAAAAACGCUGUCCUUGCUGAGAUGUCCGGUGCCAGUUCCAAGCGAAACUCGCUAAAUUGCAAGAGUUUUGAUGACAGCAGAGGUAGAAGGAAGGCGGGGAUCGAGCAGACUGUAUUGGAUACUCCUGCAAUUGACGAAGCUGCUACUCAAGCCAUAGUUUCCAUCUUGAGUGGCCACAUGAAAUCCUUUCUUCAAGACGAGGAUUUCAGGACAUCUCUUCGGCAUAACAGCUUUGCUUCCUUGAAUUUUGCUGGAUUAGAAGAAGGACUAGAUGUGAAGAGCAAGAUAAUAACCAAUCUUGAACAAGCCAUAGAAACAGUGGAAAAAGCUGCAGAAGGUUCUGCAGGUCUGAAAGAGCUGAAAAAGGCAUCAUUGCAGCUUAGUGUCAUCACAGGUUUGAAUUCCAGUGAUCUAAAAGAUGGAUUCACAUCUGGAAUUCCCAAUGUUAAGCUUGCAGCCUGUGCUCAUCUCUAUCUCAGUGUCAUAUAUAAGCUGCAGAGAAAGGACCGAAUCGCUGCAAAGCAUAUCCUGCAAGUAUUUUGUGAUUCUCCAUUGCAGGCGAGGACGAGCCUGUUGCCAGAUUUGUGGGACAAUAUAUUCCUCCCACAUCUAUCACACUUGAAGGUUUGGUACAUUAAAGAACUCGGCAUGCUGGAAAGUCCAGACAGUAAAUCAAGAAAGCUUAAGCUUCUCGAAAAAGUAUACAAUGAGACUAUGGAUAUUGGUACUAAUAAGUUUGCGGUUUACUACAAGGAUUGGUUAACAGAAGGAGUUGAGCCUCCUUCAAUCCCCUCAGUCCAAAUUCCCUUUAUAUCUCCUCGGCUGGCUCAGAACGAAGAUCCCAAUAGCGUGAUUGUAGGCAGUUUCUCACCCCAGCCAGUGGUGAGUAAAAAGUUAUAUGAUGAGGUAUUUCGGCAUAAAAAUGGAGUGGAAUUGGACUACAAGGAAGAAAGCUAUCACGGGAGUGCAUCAAUGUCGAAUGGUAGUGUCACUGAAGAAACACACUGCUCUCAAAUAGUUAAAAUUGAACCUAUUGCUACAUGCCAGUCUUAUAGCAUGCCAAUAACUGAAGAGGCGAAGACGAUCCACAAUGCAAGUUGUUCAGAAGAGACCAAACUAGUUGAACAUUUUAGCAAUGUUCAUCCAAAGACAUCCAUUCAAGAAAUUUAUGGUACUAUAGAUGCUGCACCUCAUUCUAAGGUAAGCGAGAUUAUCAUUGAGAGGAUAGCAAAAGCAUUUUUUGGACAACAGAAGACCGAGGCGACUCUAUUCCUAUGUUAUGAAGAUAGUCAGCAUCCUGAUUCUUGUGGAAAUGAUACUGAAAGGCCUUCAGGUUUGAGCAUACCAACCGAGUUUAUCUGCCCUCUGACUGGACUUGUUUUUGAAGAUCCGGUGACCCUUGAGACUGGACAAAGCUUUGAGAGAGCAGCUAUUUUGAACUGGUUCUCUAAAGGAAACAGAACUUGUCCAAUAACGAGCAAAAAGUUAGAGUGCCAAGCUGUGCCUCUAAGUAACUUCAUUCUAAAACGCGUUAUUGAUAAGUGGAGGUCUGAGCAUUGGCAGCAUAUAUUAGCCUUUUCAUCUCAAUUUGCGAGUGAUUCAAAGGCUGAGAUAGCUGUUUCCAUCCUAGAAAAGAUUCUUAUCGUUUCCAGUAUAGAUGAAAGAAUGAAAAAAGUGAAACAGCUUAUAUGCCUUGGAGGUUUACAGUUUCUCAUCCACAGAUUCAACUUUGGGAACCUUAAUGAGAAGAAAUGUGUCUCAGCCUUGCUAUCUUCUUGCAUCGAAGCCGACUCUAAUUGCAGAAACCUUGUUGCCAGAAACAUUGAAAAAACGUGUCUGCUUGAGCUUCUUUGCAGUGAGCAUUUAGAAUCUGUUCAGAAUGCUAUUUCAUUGAUGACCGAGCUGAUUUGCCUGAACAGGAGAAAAGAUGCAAAAGUUUUUCUAUCUGGCCUUCAAAGUGACGAUAUAGCAAAUAUAAUGAUUCUGUUAUCGACCUAUCUGCAGAGCUCUCACUGCGAACAGAAACCUCUAGUUGCUGUAUUACUGUUGCAUUUUCACCUUCUGACAGACACACAAUGUUCCGACGUUUGUAUAGAUGAAGUCAUUGAUGCUAUUACAGUUGCAUUGGAAAGCAGCUUUUUGGAUGAAAGGCUAAUAGAAAUGUGUUGCAAAGCACUCCUUAUACUAGGAGGGCAUUUUUCUUCAUUUGGGAAGAUUAUGACAGAGGAUUGGAUCUUAAAGCAGGCUGGAUUUAUUGAUCGUUUUGAAUCGGAUCUUGAAAGCUCAGAAGACAAUGAACCAGACAAUGGAAGGAUAACAAUGAUGGAUGAUGGUGAAGAAGAGGCGAGGGAGGAGUGGCAGGCGAAAAUGUCAGCCAUGCUUCUUGGAAGCGGCAAGAAGUCAUUUUUGGGAGCACUUUCGAUGUGUUUAGCCUCUGGGAAUAUAGAAUUGGUUAGGGUGUGCCUGACAACAGUAGCAUGGUUGAGCUCAGUGCUCGCUUCUUCUUCACAG